AUGAUAUUAGGAAGUUUUGAUUAUAUUAGUAAAUACAUAGUUCAACAUAUGAUUAAUGGUGAACUUAAUGAAUUACCUUCAAAACAGAAUUACGCUAUUUUCGAUAGGGGGCAUGAUACUUGUGAUGCUUCUGAUAUUCAACAAAAUCUAACGAAACUCUUAAAAACAUAUCCGGACCUUGAAAAAAUUUCUGAUAAAAUGCGUAAUGCUUUAUGUUUUGUAUACAAUCAAAGUAUGACGAAGAACAUUAAUAGUGAACAUUGUGAUUACCUGUAUUUUUGGUUAGGAAAUAUAAUAUAUAAUAAUAUGAUAUAUAUUUUAAAUUUUACAUCUGUUAUAUAUGUUAUUAACUUUAUAUUACAAAAUAAAGAAGGCUGGAAUAUAUGUAAAUUUGAUAAAUAUAAUAACGAUCGAGAAGAAUUUAUGGAGAUUAAGAAACUUUUUGAUUAUUCAAAAGAUUAUAAUAAGCUUAAACACGUUAUAACUAGUGGGUCAUGUAAUGCUGAUUAUGCGGAUCUUCUUAAUAACUAUGUCUUUACAUAUAGCAGUUUCGAAUUAAAGUGCAGUAAUUUUCCUAAUGUGACUAAGCAUUGUAAAUACUUUAAUGAGCUUUUUGAAGAUAAGGAUCCAAAGAAAUUGUCAUGUAAUUCACAAUAUAAUAAUUAUAAAUCUGUAACACAAAAACAAGAUCACCGUGGAGUGGCAGAAUCAAGAGUAAAAACACUAGAACAAACAACAGUAAAACAACCACAAGAAUUACCUAGAAGUGCGGUACAUACAGGUCUACAUGAAGAUGCAAAUAGACAAGAUUUAAACCAUGUUAAUUCUGAAUUUCAUCAUUCUGAUAUUAAAGAUCCAAAUCAGAGUGACAUUAUUGAUUUUUCAGCUUCUUCAUCCUCAAAAAAUAUGGUAAUAGCGUCUUUAGUUGUAGGAAUUACAGUUCUUUCUUUUGUACUGUGCAAAUUUACACCCGUCGGGUAUUGGUUAAAAAAAGCCUUAGUAGGGAAACCUAAAAGAAAAGGUAAUAUUAUUAUUGAUAGUAAUAUAACAGAUGAUUAUAUUAUUCCGGACGAUUUAGAUUCAUCGAGAAGAUUUAAUAUAAGAUACAGCAAUAUAUAUUAG